GCACGGCCUGCUCCACGCGGAGAGCCCGGUCGGGGCCCGUAGGCCGUAGCCGACGCCGCCCGUGCCCCUUACCUCCUCGCCUCCUCGCCCCAAGGGGCCCACCUCUCAGUCCCUCCGCUCGCACUCGCAUUCGCACUCGCACCCUGCUCCCUCUCUCUCUCCCGACUCGGCGGCGAUUGACUUGGCGAUUGGCGAUUCCCCUCCGACGCCUCCGUCGCGGCGCCGCCCCUGUCCAGCGACUUCGGCUCCCGUCCCCGACGCCGGUGACCUCGAUCCACCAGCUCCUCUCUAACCCCUCUCCCCUAUCCAAUCCCCUCUCUCUCGGUGAACUAUGUGAGUUCGUGUUGUCGUCUCAUCCUCCCCUCCGGCCCUCCCCAGCUCGCCGUCGUCUCUAAUCGGUCUCUGUCUGUCGUGUGUCGUCUGGGUGGCCCCCGUGUUCUCCGGCAUCGGGCUCCGGUAGCACAGGUCAGUUGCUGAUGCCUCGUCUUCCUCCUCUGGGGUAGAUCGGGCACGGCGACUGCGUGCUCCGUUGAGGGACGUUGCUGGAGAUCGGCCGUCCGCGGUGAAGGUCGCCAUGGCGGAUGAUGACGAUGUCAAUCCGGUCACCGGCAACGACGACCUUCGCGCGGCAGGGCUUGUCCCAGAUGACGAAGACGACAUCCAGGCUGACGCUGCUGCUUUGCUCGGUAUCGAUCUAACCUCUGCUCCUGUCGAUCUAAGUUCUAAUCCGACCAACGCUGGUGGAGGGCCUGCUACGGCCACCGAUACUCCGGUCGGCUCCACCAGCACCGAUGGUGGUACUGGUACCUCAUCUGUUGGUAAGCGUAAAUCUACUGUCUGGGUUGAUUUUGAUGAGGUAUUUGAGAAAGUGAAUGGGUCCAAUGUUCGAAUUGCUGCUAUUUGUAGAAUGUGUAAGACUCGUUUAUCUGCUAGAUCUUCUGCUGGUACUGGGCAUUUGCUUAGACACCAGAAAGCUUGUAAGAAGAAGGUUGAUCACGCUGCUAGGGUCCAGUCUAGGCUUGCUUUCAAUCCUGAUGGUUCUACAGUUCAGGUAAAAGAAAACAAGCUUGGGGAAGAAUAUUUGGAGAUUCCAGUUCAGGUGUUGUUGGUCCUCCCCCUAGCUCUACCCCUUCUGCUUCAUCUUCAUCUGCUAUUUGUGAGCUCUCAGCCUACUUAGACAGUGACAAUGUCACUUCUUAUGAGGAUGAUUUUGAUAUACUUCUCUGGUGGCGUGACCACAAGCUAACAUAUCCAGUUUUAUCCAUAAUGGCAAGGGAUAUUAUGUCUGUUCCUGUAUCUACUGUCUCUUCGGAGUCUUGUUUCAGUUUGACAGGGAGGAUAAUCGAGGAGCGACGACGACGCUUAUUGCCUGAGAAUGUGGAGAUGCUGACUUGCUUAAAAGAUUGGGAAUUAGGAGAAAAGAGAGAACAACAUGCUGUUGACAAUCCAGAGCUUGAGGACUCAUUCCAGAAUUUAUUUCUUGAUGAAGAUGAACCUGUUGCUGCUUAGUUGUAGUCUUCUAGACUGUGAUGUGGUCAUCUGACAUGUGCUUUCACUGCUUUGUCAUUGAGUGAUUGUGAUAGAGUCAUUUUGUAUUGUAAUAUACAUCUGUAACAGAUACAAAUUUAGUGAUUAAACUUUUGAGCUGGCUGCACUCUUUUUUCCUUUCUAGGGUUUCUCACAAGGGUGAGUUUUACCUAGAAAGGUUUUUAAUGAGGCAGCAUUGCACAAAACAGCUCAUUUAUUA